AUGUGCGCCUCGUCAUCGAAGCGGAACAGCGGCCAUGGCAGCAACAGCAGCCUCUCCCACCACCACCACCACCACCACCACAACACCAACACCAUCGACAAGCUCGAGUACGCACCGCCACCACGCUCGUCGCGCCACCCUCUGCUCGCUUCCCACAGCGACGCCGGCUCUCGCCAGAGCCACGACUCGAGUUACGCCGGCAGCUUCUUCGAACAGGUUGCCGAGGGCAUCUACAAGCGCGACUGCGUCAAGAUGCAGCGCGCCCUCGUCCGCUGGCUGAGCUUUGUCUGGGCGAUAAUCAACUGCCUCUGCGCCGGCAGCAUCACCGCCUACUCGCUCUACGGCCACCUGUUCCAGUCGAAGCUGCACUACACCCAGGUCCAGGUCAACAUCGUCUCCAUUGGCGCAGAGCUUGGCCUGUACCUGCUGGUGCCCCUCUUUGGAUAUCUCUGUGACCGUCUGGGGCCCGGUGCUCCCUCCGCUCUUUCUGGACUGCUCUUUGGCUUGGGAUACGCCCUGGCCGCAUUUGCAUACCAGAGUGGCCCGCCGCCGUCUGCUGGGGGACAUGGCUGGCCGUUUGGCGUCAUGGUUGCCGCAUUCGCCUUGAUUGGCAUGGGCACCAGCUGCAUGUACCUCUCCGCCGUCACCACGUGCGCAAAGAACUUUGGCAGGGGAAACGCAAAGGGUGUCGCGCUCGCAGUCCCCAUCGCGGCCUUUGGCCUCAGUGGCAUGUGGCAGAGCCAAGUCGGCAGCCGCCUCCUCUAUGAGAGGAACCCGGACGGCAGCAAAGGCGACGUCGAUGUCUUCCGCUUCUUCCUCUUCCUCUGCAUCCUUCUCCUCUUCGUCGGCACCCUCGGCUUCUUCACCCUGCGCAUCGUCGACGAGGAAGAAAUGAUUGACGAGGCUGUGGACGAACUCGAGCGAUCCGGACUCCUCCAACGCGACGACUUCUUCACCCAAGCCGCACACCACCAUGGCUACGGCACAAUGUCCACUCAGGACCUGUCAGACUCGACCUUUGACUUUCUCCAAUCAGAGGCCGAGCGCUUGAAAGCCAAGCACGAGGAAGAAGCCCGCAAAAAGACCUGGCUUCUCAACGAAGAAACACGACGGUACAUCAUGGACCCGACAAUGUGGUGGUUAGCCGCCGGCUUCUUCCUCGUCACCGGUCCAGGCGAGGCCUUCAUCAACAACCUAGGCACCAUCAUCGACACCCUCACGCCUUCCCACGUCGCCACAAACACAUCCCCGGCAACCCACGUCUCCAUUGUCGCCAUCACCUCCACACUCGCACGCCUCAUCACCGGCACCCUCUCCGACAUGCUCGCUCCAGUCUCCGUAUCGCACCAACACCGCCGCGGCCCCGAAUCCCUGGCAAACUCGCUGUCUUCUGUGCCAGACGACGAGCGACCAAAGCGCUUUACAGUCUCACGCAUCACCUUCCUCCUCACCUUUGCCUUUAUCCUCUCCCUCGGCCAAGUCCUGCUCGCAAGCGGCUGGGUGCAAAACCACGCCUCGCGCUUCGCAGCUGUGUCCGCCCUCAUCGGCGCAGGCUACGGCGCCGUCUUCUCCCUGACCCCCAUUGUCGUCUCCGUCGUCUGGGGCGUCGAGAACUUUGGCACCAACUGGGGCAUCCUCGCCAUGACACCUGCGGCUGGCGCCACGCUCUGGGGCGCCGUGUACGCCAUGGUCUACCAAAAGGCUGCGCAGAUGGGUGAGCCGGGCGUGGAGAGCGGUGGUCCCGAAGACGAUGUCUUGUGUCAUGGGAAACAGUGCUAUGAGAGUACCUUUUGGGCCAUGGCAGUUAGUGUCUGGUUGGCUAUGGGCUUGUGGGUUUGGGCAUGGAGAGGACCUGGCGGGUGGAUGCGGCGGGGUGUUGCGGUCUAG